CGAGCGCCCCGUGUGAUCUGACGUGUUCCCUCUCUUUCUGUGCCCCCUGCCCACUUUCCAGGUUAGCUUUAUACGUCUACGAAUAUUUACUGCACGUAGGAGCACAGAAAUCUGCACAGACCUUCUUGUCGGAGAUUCGAUGGGAAAAAAACAUCACGUUGGGAGAACCGCCUGGGUUUUUGCACUCGUGGUGGUGCGUAUUUUGGGACCUUUACUGUGCAGCUCCUGAAAGGCGAGACACUUGUGAACAUUCGAGUGAAGCAAAAGCCUUUCAUGAUUACAGUGCGGCAGCCGCCCCAAGCCCCGUGCUUGGCAACAUUCCCCCCAACGAUGGGAUGCCGGGAGGCCCCAUCCCGCCGGGUUUCUUUCAGGGUCCUCCGGGGUCACAGCCCUCGCCGCACGCACAGCCUCCACCUCACAAUCCCAGCAGCAUGAUGGGACCCCACAGUCAGCCUUUUAUGUCACCGCGCUACGCAGGCGGCCCCAGGCCCCCGAUCAGAAUGGGAAACCAGCCUCCGGGAGGAGUUCCUGGGACCCAGCCACUGCUGCCCAAUUCCAUGGAUCCCACCCGACAACAAGGGCACCCCAACAUGGGAGGAUCAAUGCAGAGAAUGAACCCUCCCCGAGGCAUGGGGCCCAUGGGGCCCGGCCCACAGAAUUAUGGAAGCGGCAUGAGACCACCACCCAACUCCCUCGGCCCCGCCAUGCCCGGGAUUAACAUGGGCCCGGGAGCCGGCAGACCCUGGCCAAAUCCUAACAGUGCUAACUCAAUUCCAUACUCCUCCUCAUCACCUGGUACCUACGUGGGACCUCCUGGUGGUGGUGGCCCCCCAGGAACACCCAUCAUGCCUAGUCCUGCAGAUUCAACAAAUUCCAGUGACAACAUCUACACAAUGAUUAAUCCGGUGCCGCCUGGAGGCAGCCGGUCCAACUUCCCGAUGGGUCCAGGCUCAGACGGCCCGAUGGGAGGCAUGGGCGGCAUGGAGCCGCACCACAUGAACGGAUCGUUAGGGUCAGGUGACAUAGAUGGACUUCCAAAAAAUUCUCCGAACAACAUAAGUGGCAUUAGCAACCCUCCAGGCACCCCUCGGGACGACGGUGAGCUAGGAGGGAACUUCCUGCACUCCUUCCAGAACGACAAUGUAAGUGCUGCGUACUAA